GUCACCGAUUCUGACCAAUAAGGAAACACAAACACGUCUGAGCUCCGCCUCCUUUGUUAUUCAACAUGGCAGUGUCUCGAUUACCAACAGCAGCUCUCAGUCUCAAACAGUUUCUGCAGAGACAGAAGGUCCUGGGGGUUUACAGAGACCUGCUCCGAUCCAUCCGGAAAAUACCGACCGAGUCUGACCGCAGAUACCUGAGAGACUGGGCCAGAGAAGAGUUCAAGAGGAACAAGACUGAAACAGACCAGGAUGUGAUCCGCAUGAUGCUCACUCAAGCGCACAAUCAUCUGGAGGAUUUGAGAAGAUCUCUGGCGCUGGCUGGAUGCUAGAACCAGGCAGAAAUAACAAUUCUGUCAUCAGUCACCCAUCCUCAUGUCAUUUCAGACACUAAACUUUCAUUCAUUCAACUUCAAGUGAAGAUGUUUUAUAAUAAUCUUCUUUUGGCUCUCCAUUACAAGUCCUAACCAAAAUGACCUCUAAAUGAAUCAAGUGUUUCAAUCCAAGUCUUCUGAAGAGACCACUUUAUAUGAUGAACAGAUUUAAUUUUGGCUUUCGUUUGCAAGUAAACCUUGAUCAACUCGCAUACAUACAGGGCUUAAAAUAUGGUAAACAAACAAAAACUAAUGUCCCUUUUUUAUAUUAGAACAAAUCUCACUGGUUGAAGAUGUGUAUGUGUUGAUCAAUGUUUAUUUGUGAAUAAAAGCCUAAACUAAAUAUUUUAAAAUCUGAAUAUAAAGGCAUUGUGUCUCUGGAAAACGGUGUCUUGUCUGUAUUAAUGUGGCAGUGUUAUGGGAGAUUGGAUUUUAAAUUGAGGGACAGAAAUCCACUGGUUUCAUUAAAAUGUCUUCAUUUGUGUUUUUGAAGAUGAACUAAAGUCUUCUGGGCUUGGAAUGACAUGAGACAUAAAAAAAUACUCUGUAAUGUGAAAGUAAAUCUGACAUUUUAAUGUGUAUAUAUAUUUAUAAUGCACGACUGCUCAUUCUUUUACUUUGCCAAAUAUUAAUAAAAGCCAAAUAUAUUCA